AUUCGAAAGACCACCGAAAGUACUGGCUUGGUAGAGACGGUUAAAAACAUGUAAAGCUCUGUUUAGACGUUAGCCAGUCGUCUUAGGACUUAGUUUUAUUUUCCGUCGAUAUGUAUCUUCCGGGCGAAUGUUACAAUGGUGCUAUAUUAGAGCAGAUAUGGUAAACUUGAAUUCCAUUAAACGUCUAAAUAGCUAUUAUUCUUGAAAUCCAUUUUUAAAAAUCUGUUCUCGUUUGUUGAAACUGACAGUAGAGAAAAACAAAUUAGGAUGGGGAUCAAAAUUUUUCUUUCAAAAAGGUGAUGGUUUUUCUGGAGCAUGCCGAGACCAGAGGAAGACAGCUGACGGCUCCUACAUUGACCCCACAGAACAACCAAACGAGAGGGAGGCGGCUGGCGGCUCGUACAUUGACGCCGCAGAAUGAACAGACCACAGGGAGACGACUGAAAGCUCCUAUAUUGACCCCCCGAGAAUUACCAGACCAGAGGGAGACGGCUGACGGCUCGUAUAUUGACGCCACAGAGCGACCAGACCACAGGGAGACGGCUGAUGGCUUCUACAUUGUUUCCACGGAAAUACCAGACCAGAGGGAGACGGCUGACGGCUCGUAAAUUGACGCCACAGAACGACCAGACCACAGGGAGAUGGCUGACGGCUCCUGCAUUAACCCCACAGAAUUACCAGACCAGAGGGAGACGGCUGACGGCUCGUACAUUGACGCCACAGAUUGAACAGACCGCAGGGAGACGGCUGACGAUGACUUAUAGACGACAUACUCUGCUCCACCACAUUUCUUUUAAAACUGAAAACUCAAUUUAAUCAUUUGUUUUUGUAAGUUGUUCACUUUACCAUUCGUCUUCAUCUCAUAGUGAAGUAAUAUCAGUAGAAAACAAGUUUGAAUUGUCGGCGAACAAACGACAACUGGAAAAUUCUCGACACUCUGGCAGAUCAUUGAAAAAAAAGAAGCGACCCCCAAGAUGCUGCCUUGAGGAACGCCACUAGUAACAGAACGUGGAUUGGAAAUGUGCGCGUUUUAUACGAAGACACUGUGAUCGGUUACAGAGAUACGACAAAAAAGUAACAAGAAAUCAUGAUCGAAACCAUACUUUGAUAGCUUGUUUCGAAUGGUAUCAUGACGAACAGAAUCAAAGGCUUUACCAAAGUCAAAAUAAACAGCAGCAAAAGGAACGUUGAAAUCACUAGUGUGGUGCACUUCAUCAAGAUAUGAUAACAACUGUGUUACAGUUGAUCGUUGUUCUCUGAAACCAUGCUGAGAGUUCGACAAAUGUUUUCGAAUCUUUGAAUAUAUAUGAUUGAAGAGAACUUUCUCAAAACAUAAACCAAAAGGGUGUAAGAUACUGAUAGGUCUGUAUUUUGUAAUAUCAUUAGGAGACGCAGACUUCAGAAAUGGAGUAACAAAAGGACAUUUCCAGGCAGCAGGUUAUCCUUAUUGGUUAUCCUUGUUGGUUAUCCUCAUCUUGAUGGCGCGGCGUAACGGUAAAAAAAGGAAAUUUGACAGGACACAAAGGGACUGAACUAACCCAUAAUAACGGCUGGAAUUUAUAGAUGAAGAAGAAAUUAAUACAAAUUUAAUUUGAAGAAAAAUAUAAUAAAAUCUAUAAAACUUGCUGAAAAGGACAACCUCACCCGGGCUCACCGCCAGACCUCCUUCCCCCAGAUUUGAGACCUACUUGACAGACCUGUCUCUAAAAUCCCUCAAAGAGCGCUCGAUCGUUUUAAUAAGUUUAUCACAAGAAUUAGGCUAAAUUAGCCCAUCAAACUUACCCAACAAAAAAAAUUUUGAAAAUAUUUUUAGAUUGUUCUUAUGGCUUCUAAAUUUUGUUGCCGAAUCUGUACUGAGAAGCCAAACCUUCAAAUUUUUUCUAAUUGGUAUUCUUUAGAGUCUCAUAUUUAUCAACUGCACUUUGGUAACGUGUUUCCAUUUCAAUGCGACGAAUGUCGAGCUGUUUUUCAAGCAGAAUAUAAUCUUCGCCGUCAUCGCGAGAGAUCUCAUCUGCGUAUUGGCAAUAAUUGUCCCGACGAAUGUCUUGUUAUCAAAAAUUGUCCUGUCGAUAAUUGCCAGCAUCAGCAAAUUCUGGCAUAUGAAGAACUACGCAACCAUUUACAGUCCGAUCAUUCAGAUUUAUUUAAGCUAGACAAAUAUACCCGACAAAAUUUGAGAAAAGUAACUUUUUCCAAAGUAUCAACUCCUAAAAUGAAGAAACUCGAUAACAGUAACUCGAAGUUUUCUUGCCCAUACAAGCGAUGUGGUGCAUGGUAUUCAUCUAAGAAGUUAUUCAACAAGCAUCUGAGAGACCACGAUUUAUUUUUAUCCUUGAAAUGUCCUCGUUGUCAAAAGAGAUUAGAGGGUGUUCAGGCUGAAUCUGAGCCUUCUUUAUCAGAGAAAACAAGCCAUUGCGACUGUUACAAAACACAUCCAUAUACAUGUCCAGAAGAAAACUGUUUAAAAGUGUUUCCUAGUCGGUUCAACUUGAAAACUCACUUUCAGUUGGUGCAUUCUGGUGCGACUAAAUAUCAAUGCGAUUUUUGUGACGAUGUUUUCAAAUCUCAGAGAAGCCUCUGUGAACAUAUUCAAGUGCAUUUUCAUCCCCGAUCUUUUCACUGCAAUCUAUGCGGUGAGUUUUUUAAUCAGAAGACUGCAUUGGUCAGACACGUGACCACUCUUCACGAAGGAAGACGAGCUCACUUCUGUUGUGUAUGUGGUCGAAGUUUCUCUCAAAGUGGAAAUUUAGUUACACACUUAAAUAACGUCCACAAAUUGAAAUGUGAAAAAUGUUUUGGUCAGUUUCAAGCUGACAAUAAACAACAACUAGAGGAUCACGUAACCAGUUGCAAUGGGCACAUUAUCUAUUUAAUGGACAAUGAUAACUGUGAUUUGGAACAAGAAGUAACCGUCAUUGGAUCAUAGUUAACAUGGUGCUAUAUUAGAUCAGAUAUGGUAAACUUGAAUUCCAUUAAACAUCUAUAUACCUAUUACCUUUGAAAUCCAUUUUUAAAAAUCUG